AUGCAUAACGUCACUAGACUCCUAGUUGGGCUUUCAGCUCUUCUACCUGCACUGGCAACGCCUACAGGACAUACCAAGAACUGUGUGCAGCUCCAAAUUCCCGUGACGGCUUCAGCCAAUAAUACCCGUUACAACUCUGUCAAAGUCGAAAGCAACAUCGAUCUCGUAGACUUUGUCUGGGACACUUCUACCUGGUCGCACGCCAACAGGAGCGUUGAAGUCCUCCCUGUUUCCGGAACUUAUUCCAUCAGCGCUCAACUCUGCAUUCCCGCCGAUGGAAAAAAGUCAGAUAUUUUGCAGAUUGCGACUCAUGGACUCGGCUUUGAUAAGAGAUACUGGGAUCCUGAGCUCAAGCCUGAGGAAUACUCCUAUGUCGAUGCUGCUCUUUCGAAAGGUUACUCCAUCCUUACUUAUGAUCGUCUUGGAACCGGCAAGUCCACUAAAGCCGACGGGUACAACGAGGUCCAGCUUGGGUUACAGGUCGCAAUCCUGAAAGAACUCACUGUUCUUGUACGGGACGGAAAGCUUCUGGCAUCAUCCAAAGUUCUGGGCAAACACCCUGAGAAGUCCUUUAACAGUUACAAGCCCAAGAAGGUCGUUCACGUAGGACACUCUUUUGGUUCCGCCACCACAAGUGGUCUCCUCUCUCUCCAUGGCAAUCUCAGCGAUGGCGCUAUCCUGACUGGCUUUCUUCCCAACAACCAGAGUGGCAAAGUUGGUGCUAAUGCGUUCGGCUUUGAGUUUGCGCGACAGCACGAUCCCAGGCGUUUUAGCGACCGUCCUGCUGGAUAUGCCGUCCAAGCUAGUCUGAGCAGCAUCCAGCAAAUCUUUCUCAAGAAAGGAUCCUUUGAGGUCGAGGCGCUUGAGUAUGCUGAGAAGAUCAAGCAGACAGGUACAGUUGGAGAACUGUCCUCUGCUCUUAUUGGAAAGCCUGCUGCUGAGUUCAAGGGUCCCCUCCAGUACUUCAUCGGCGAGAACGACUACCCUUUCUGCGAUGGCGAUUGCAACAACACAUAUGAUAUGGAGACACUCAAGAGUCUCAAUCCCGCAGCGUCUCAUAUCGGUGUACACUUGCAGCCCGGUACAGGCCAUGGUCUCACUCUUUCGACUAAUGCUACGGCGGGUUAUGAGGUCAUGCUUGCCUACUUGGGCUCUCAAGGUCUCUAG